AUGCGGUCGGGCGAGGGCGGCGGCGACUGCAGCGACAUCGACGCUGCGGCCAAGGACUUUGUGGCCAAGGCGCAGGUCAUCCUCGAGGUGUUUGGAGAGGAGGUGGCGCUCACGGCCGCCCGCUUUGCCUCCUCGUGUGGGCGAGAGACUGUCACUGCGGAGGACAUCGCCAUAGCAGCAAAGUACGAGGCGCAUGAGUUCCUGUCGCGGCCUGACCUCGAGGCGAAAGUUGCAGCCGCCGCGGCUAGACGAGUCGAGGACCAAGGGCUGGGCGAGGAGGAGGACGGCACGGAGGACGUGGAGUCCGGCGACGAGGAUCCCGAGGCAGAGGCGGGUUCCGACGAGGACGCCGAGGAGGCGAGGACGCCAUUCUCGGCAGCCUUCGUUCGCGGAGGCGCAGAGACGCGCAAGUUUCACGCGGAUGCCCUUGCGCGCACACGCGGCUGGGAGUCCUGGUCGCCCGACGACCCGGCGCGGCCUCCGGCAAGCUCGAUCGACCAUAGCGAUGGGGCCUUGCGCCGCUCGCGCGAGGCGGAGCAGGCGUCGUGA